CCGCGAGUUCGGGGCCGGCCCCCGCCCGAAGGGCCGCAGCGGUUACGCGGCCCGCCCGGGAGCGGGGAGGGAGAGCGUCCGGACCCCCGCCGGCAGCGGAUGCGCCCGGGAGGCGCCGCCGAGCCCGCCCAGCCCUUUCUGCCCGCGGGGAAGCGCGGGGCGCCGCGAUGCCUUGACGCCGUGCCAUGGCGGGGAUGACACGCUUCGCGGCGCGGUGGCGGCCGGCGCUGCCCGCCCUGCUGCCGCUGUUGCUCGCCGUGCCGGCGCUGCGGGGCUCUCCCGCUGCAGAUGAGAUAUCCCUGGAGAAGCGAAAUUUUUCCUUUUUCUCAAUGGACUCAAAGGUGCACCAAAGCAUAUCAGGCAGCAGAACACAAAUGGCCUUAGCAAAAAGUACUUUGGAGUCCCCAGAAAGUAAUUUUCUUCAAACGCUUUUAUCAUCAGUUACCGCUCCCAUCGAUGUGACUUCCUUUAACCAAGAAGAAACGGUCAGAAUUUCAGAAGGGAGAAGUACACCAUUGAUAGAUUUCUCCGUAACAAGCAAUGAGGCAUUCUUAAGUGACGACAAAUUUAUUAACCCAUUUCCAAAGGUACAGUGGACUCCUCCACUGAAGUCUUCUGCAAUUUUAACAGAUCAUCACUCAGUUAAUACAGUAGAGCUACCAAGAGGAACAUUAGAAACCCCGUUACUAACACCUUCAUUAUCUGUCUUUUCUUCACCAUACGAUAUCUUGAGAACAGCACAGCAAAAGACUCCACUGAGUGCUGUCCUUGAUUACAUUACCAGUCUCACAGAGUUGGAGCCUUUUGUACCAGACAGUGGAAUACUGACUGCAAGCAGACACUUGCCAUUGCACCCUUCAGAUACAGGUAUUUAUUUCACUCCCGUUCCUUCCGAGAAGGCGGAUGCAAUGUGGGAAAACGUAAACAGAAGUGUAACAUCUCUUCCUUCUGGGGCCACUUCAGAGGGGUCACCUGUCCAUCUCAAGUUGCUGGGUGAAAAUAGCCGUGCUGCAGCAGGUGCUACAGCACAAAGUGGUGACGUUUACACCAGUAUGAGUAGCAGGGCAACAGAAGCUGUCAGUGUAAGGACUGACCCUGCUCCAAGUAUUCCCUGGGCCACAGUUGCUGCAACAGCCAGUGCUGAUUCUGCUUUGUUUUCCAUCAGUCUUCCAUUUGCAGCUUUCCCAGGUCACUCAGCUGCCAUGUCCACCUACUCUGAUACAGUUUUCAAUGCUGGCUUGUUUACACAGAAAUUCUCUAGUACAGCACCAAAUUUGCCUGCUGAUUCAGAAAUACCAAGUCAAUCUGAGCUUGAUAGCGAGCUCAUAAGCCCAGUGCCUUUCACGAGAUCGUACAGUUCGUGUUUAUAUUGUGACUCCAUUUCUCUUCUGCAAGAAGCAGGAUUUUCCCCAGAACACGAUGUGGGCUCAGGUGAUUAUGUUGAAACUCUGUCAUUCACAGCCUCUGAAGUACAAGGCGUAACUCCGUUUACAACUGUAAUUGCCGACACAUAUGAGUUAGAAGAGCCUACACCUGAGAUAUAUGAUACUUCUUUUCCAUCAAGACCAGUUGUUUCAUUUUCUUCAAGAUUUGCAGAAAUCCCUGCUUCGAGUUUGUUUUUAUUGAGCACUGUGGACACUGCUCUUGAUGACAGAAAACCUGCAAGUUCUCCUUACCAUGAGCUGCCCAAUGAGACCUCCCUGGACAUCUCUGCUGUCCAGUUUUCUCUGCCUGUCACAGGAACUGUGUCACUGGCACCAAACACUCGUGUAGAGCAUCCCACUACCAGCACUGUUCUGUUGGAGUCUGUGACCAUCGUGAGCCACCCGGUUGCAUCACUUGCAGUCAGCUCCACAACUUGGCUGGAGUCGCCAGAACUUAAGCCAUCAGAAUCCGUAUUUUUAUUUGAUAAGACAUCUACAGGGGAAGAGCUGUCUUUAAAUAUUUCAGAUUUUUCAUCCAGUCUUUUAUCAACACCAUUUCUGAUUGAACCUAGCUACUUACUUUUGUCAUCAGCUGUGCUAACUUCUCACUCUGUCAUGAAGAGUGAUUUCUCAACACCGUUACCUCAGACCUUGUUGAGUGGAACACCAGUACUUUCUGAGGAUGUUUCCAGCUGGGACUUAGCUACCGCUGUCAGCUCUGCCAUUGACUCCGAGGCGUCUUUGUUCUCUGUCGGGCAAACCUCGUACUUUUAUUCAAAUACGUCCUCUGUUCCAGGUGCACAUGUACCUGAAAUAAUGCCAUCAUCAAGUUUUCUUUCCAACUCGUCUGUGUUUCUGGAAGCACCAUCCAUAUUGCCGGUGGGAUCCGAAGCCAUGUUUACCUCAGCUGUACCAGGAGCUACCUCUCAGUUAGAGCCUUCCCCUUCCUCCUUGUGGUCCGUGGCUCCCACCCUGGUGCUGCCCGCUUCUGACACCGGGCCUCUUAGAAGCAGCGUCCUGCUUGAUGAGACAAAUCUGAUCUCUGUGUUUACUACCUUCCCAACAACUCCUGUCUUAAAUGUGUCUUCAUCUCUACUCUCAACUGGUCUGGCUUCGGAUGAGGAUAUUGGUGCUACAGUUGAGGCCACGCUGCUUUUAACAUCCCUCAGCGAGAGCAGCACUCACACAACAGCCCUUAUGACUGCAGACCCUGGCGGCCCGACGCAGCAUGCUGAUGGCAGCAGCAUUCUCCCCUCUCCUACAGAAUCUUCGUCUGUGACCACAUUGUUUGUUCCCACACAAUUUCCCUUGACUUCCCUCCCUCCCAUGGGAUACGACAUUCCAACGGGAGCCAGUGAUGUUGACACAUCAGUUGCUGCCAGCACCAUCCCCACCACCACUGCCACCAGCACCACAAGCAGGUCUGGUGUUUCCUCCUCCCCUCCUCUGGUCACCUCCACUCGCCCCGGAGCCGCCGUCCUCCCCUCUGCCACCAGCACCACCAGGCAGCCCUACGUCUGUGACAUCGCAAUUCCUGACGCGUACCUCGUCACUGCUGUGCUGGCCCGAAGAGCUAUUCUCCAAAACAUCAGUGAAUCCAUCAGAGAAGUGCUCAGAGCUCAGUUCAGGCGAUCAGUAGAGCUAGAGGUGUAUAAAAUCUCCCCGAAGUUUGCUUUCUUGGUGACAUCAGGCCCUUUUGUUUACACGGCAAUAGCUGUCAUAAACGUGCUUGUGAACAGCAGUCUUCUCCGUGGUGAGGCCCCGCUGAUCCUCUCCCUGCAUCCUUCUUUCACUGUGCCGGAUAACAGAUUCCACGUUCAGACGGUACUUCAGUUUGUGCCUCGAAACAUGGAUAUUGGGUUCUGCAACUUCAGUCAGCGCAUUGAGAAGGGACUAACAAUGGCAUUCAUGGAGGUGAGCAAACAACACCAGGAGUUCUACAACUUCACUGUGCAGAUACUGAAUAUAACUCUGAGUAGGCCUGGAGCUGCAUUUCGUCAGGGCCCUGUGAGCAUCAUUUUUGCCAUUCGAGAUAGAUAUGGUUUUCUAAAUGGGUCAGAAGUCAGUGAACAGUUAAGAAACUUGUCCAUGGUGGAAUUCAGCUUCUAUCUGGGUUUUCCUGUGCAGCAAAUUGCUGAACCCUUUCAUUAUCCUAAGCUUAAUGUGUCUCAGCUGAUGAAAUCUUCCUGGGUGAGAACAGUUCUCUUGGGUGUCGUCGACCAGCGAAUUCAGGAGGAAGUGUUUCAGGCUGAGAUGGAGCGGAAGCUAGCUCACCUGUUAAACGAGGCUUUGGCCAGAGGGCGGAUAUGGAGACGAGCCAGUUUUGCAGGCAGCAACAUUGUGCAGAUUGUGAACGUGUCACGGUUAGAUGGUGUUGAUAACCCCGUGGAGCUCAUCUAUUUUGUGGAGGAUCAAGAUGGAGAGAGAUUCAGUGCUUUGAAGUGCUCAGACCUGAUGAACCGAGUAGACAUCCAGCGCGCUGCAAUCAUCCUUGGAUACCGCAUUGAUGGCACUGUUGCACAGCCUGUGGAAAAGCUGAAGGAGUCCGCCUCAGAGGCACAGAACAGCAACCUAUGGAUUAUUGUUGGAGUGGCAGUCCCAGUUGCUGUGGUGCUCCUGAUUGUUAUUAUUUUAUAUUGGAAACUUUGUCGAACAGACAAGCUGGAGUUUCAGCCAGACACAAUAAGCAACAUUCAGCAGCGACAGAAGCUUCAAGCCCCCAGCGUAAAAGGCUUUGAUUUUGCGAAGCAGCAUCUGGGUCAACACAAUAAAGAUGAUGUCCUGAUUAUCCAUGAGCCAGCCCCUUUACCAGGACCUAUUAAGGACACUACCCCAUCUGAAAAUGGAGAUGUUCCCAGCCCCAAAUCCAAGACUUCCUCGAAACCUUCAAAGACCGUCCGACAUAGAGGGAGAGUUUCACCAUCAGACGCUGACUCCACUGCAAGUGAACAAUCCAGUGGGAGAGAGACAGGGGAGGAAACUGCAAGACCAUCAGCUGUUACAAAUGAGGGUAAACCGCGCAGAGCCACAAAGAAGGGACCCCCUCAGAGCAGCAGUGGCAAUGAGCAGCACUCCUCAGCCUCUAUCUUCGAACAUGUGGAUCGGAUGUCACGUUCCUCCGAUGCCAGCAGACGGGUCCCAAGCAAGAUCCAGCUGAUUGCUAUGCAACCAAUGGCAGCACCUCCAGUUCAGAAUUCUGUGCUUUCUGAUCGAGUAGCAGAGACCAACAAAAUAAAUAAAGAGAUACAGACAGCCCUAAGGCAUAAAUCUGAGAUUGAGCAUCACCGCAACAAGAUUCGUCUUCGUGCCAAGCGCAAAGGGCACUAUGAAUUUCCAGUUGUGGAUGAUGUGGUGGUGGUUGACUCCAAAGAACAGCACAGAAUAUACCGCAAGGCACAGAUGCAGAUUGACAAGAUCUUAGACCCUGGAGGAAGCGUGCCUACAGUCUUCAUAGAGCCCAGGAAAAGCUCUCGCGCAAAACGUUCUCCAAAGCAGCGCCGGCGACAUCAGAUAAACGGUAGUCCUAUCGAUGCGGAAAAAGACAGGUUGAUCACAACUGAUAGUGAUGGGACGUACAAGCGACCUCCAGGAGUCAAUAACUCUGCGUAUAUUUCUGAUCCAGAUUUGCCUCCUGAACCUCAGACGUCAUCUUCAGCAGAUCUGGGGAAGUUCCCCGGCCUGCCAUCCCACCCAGUCUCCCAGUACGUCCCACCACAGCCAUCCAUAGAAGAGGCUCGGCAGACCAUGCAUUCGCUCCUGGAUGAUGCAUUUGCCCUGGUGGCCCCCAGCAGCCAAGCAGCCAGCUCCACAGCUGUCACACCACCCGGGGUCUCUGCAGGACAGCCGAGAUACGUGGAAUUUGGAAUGACUCCGCCAGCAGCACCAGGUCUCCUACCAAGGCAGAACUUUGGGCCAGGUUUUCUUCAACCUGCAGAGUUAAUGCACCCAGACCAGCAGCCGCCUGAGGUUCAGUAUUCCUCCAGAGGGAUAUACUCAGAGGAAAUGCCGUCGGUGGCACGACCGCGACCAGUUGGAAGCACUGCAGGUUCUCAGAUACAGCACCUCACUCAGGUGGGAAUUGCUAGCAGGAUCGGAGGUCAACAAGUGGAGAUCCCCUCAGGCAGAGCAGGGCAUGGCCAGCCGGGGGGGCCAGGGUGGCCCCAGUACCGUGGAGAGGAUGAAUAUGCUAGGCGAGAUGCAAUGCAUAUGCAUGGACACCAAGAAUAUUCCUCCUCACCAGUAUUCCAGAUGCCGAGGACUUCAGCCAGGCAACCUUCGGCACCCCCUGCUCAGCUCCCACACAACAACCUUCAGGGCCAGGGCCUUUGCUACACCACCAGUUCCACUGAGGACCUCCAACCAGGUCACUCUUCAGCCUCUCUUAUAAAAGCAAUUAGAGAAGAACUUCUACGUCUUUCUCAGAAACAGACAACAGUGCAGAACUUCCAUAGUUGAUUUAGCAUUCCCUUGCAAAUCUGCCAGCUAUCUGCUUCCUAUGGAAGCAAAGACUUACAGGAAAUCAGCAAUGUUGUUCUCUCAAAAGAAUGGACUUUCACAGCUCUCUAGACAACACUUCUGGAAAAAAGAAAAAAGCAGCAAAAUGAGGAGAGGAAGGAGAGACUGGGAACAGUCAUCAGUGUCAUGGCAAUCAGUGGUAACUAAUCUGUUAAUAUUACGGUGCUCCUCUUCCCUUCCUACCCUCAAUACAGUCUAACAAACAAAGAAAACCUGAAGUCAAGAAAUGAACACUCGGGCAAAAAAAAAAGUCACAGGAACAAACUCCAAGUGUAGUAGACUCCUUUUUUCUAAGGAGGAAGGCAAAGGUUUGUGCGAACUGAGGUGACAUUUUGCAAGAGAUUCCAAGUAUUCUGAUCUCUCCAGUGCUUAUGGGGAACUGGUUUGCAUUGGUGUUCUCCAAGAUUACAAACUGUAUCAGCUCUAGGGUGUUGAAGGUGUAAUCCCACGUAAGAAUCACUUUGGUUGUCAGUAACAGUAGGACUUAGAAUAAAAGGCUUUAUGAACUACUUGUAACAAAACGGAACAAUAAUUGUUAAAGCUCCAUGCUUCCAAAUGGAGCUACCCUCUGCACUCUUCCUUGUUUUCCUUCUGGUGCUGAAGCUUCAAGUGUUCCUUCAUCUUCAAUGUUUGCAAAGUGAAACAUUGGCCUUGUAUAACUAAGAAAAUAUCUGUAGACUCAUUCAGGCUGGAGAAACAAAGCAAAGCAAUCAAACAGAAAGGGCUUGGUAUAUAAUUUCUUUUGAAAAUCAUUGAAAAAUAGGAAAGGAAUAUUCAGCCACAGUUGAAUCUGGAGAAAUGUGUAUGUAUGUUUUUAAUAUAUAUAUAUAUUUACAUACUACUCUUGUGAGACCAGCGAUAAAAUAUUCCACUCUGUAAUUUGCUUUGUGGACAGAAACCAAUCCAGCCUGACUGGUACAGGGUCACCAGCAUUAUGUUUUAAAUUGAUGUCCUAAAUCAUUGCUUAUGUUUGGAUCUGAAUAAUUUUAGUGAAAGUCGGUGACAGUUUAGAACAUUAACAUAGGCUUAGAUUUGCGGUUUGAAGACAGUUUCUAUAUUUAUACUUGUUCCCACUGUCCCUCUGGACAAAGGGUAAGCAUUAUCCCCAUGGUAAGAAUGGUACGUGCCAUGGAACUGUUUGUUGCUGUUUUUUCCAGAGUUUUAAUUUAAUACUAGCUAUGAAUUUACUAAUAUUUGGCCAUUGCAUAACUGUAACUGAUGUAAUACAUAUGGAGAUUUUACUUAAGUCAUAAUUUGUUGAGGUGUUUUUAUUUUCAGAUCAGACUGUACAAAAGCUAGCAAACUGGCACUGAGAUGGAGAGUAAGCUCUGUGUUUGUGAGAAGGCCUACGAGCCUUGCCUCAGAAAAAAUGAAACACAAAACUGUUCGGUGCUACAGCGUGGGCAUUUCAAAUGCUGUUAGAAGAUGGGAGUAGCCAAGGAGAUCAUUGGGUGGUUGACCAGGGUAGGGCUGUGUUUGUCUUACUGGGGUAGAAAUAACAAUUGGUAAAAUGCAAGUAUGUCAAGCUGGUUUAGUAUGGUGUUCUUUGGCUACCAUAUCAGUUCCCGGCUCCAGUGCUCAGUAGCUGCAGCAGGACUAGCUCAGACUGAAAUGAAAACAGGUAGGAGGAUGCCAUGGAAGAACCCUGCGUACCUUGUUCGUGAAGUACGUAUGUAAUGUCAUUUGUUGCCAAAGCCAAGACUAGGAAGCAACUAUCUGCUGAUGAUAUGAUAAAAACAAUGGCACGUUGCUUCCUUUUUUUAUUAGAGAACUAAGUUGUUUAUCUUUUUACCCACUGUUGUCAGAGGACAGUAUGAAAUUGUUUGAGCGACUUCAUGUAGCAAAGCGGUAUAAAUUCAUUUCCAGUUCACUGUUCAAUAUGUAGUCCUCAUGGGCACUGGUUGAGGUUUGAUUGGAGUCAGAACACCUGCAUGAUUCUGAACAGCACUAUCUACAGGUCAUUCUGUUUUGAAUUUUUAAAGCCUUUUGUGUAAUAAUCAGUUGUAGCAUAAAAAUAAAGAAACUUUUGUUUUCUGCCAGAUUUCUAAAUGUGAAUGUUGCUGAUACUUCUGAAAAAUGUUGGGUUUUGCAACAUGAAGAUUCUAUCAGGCAAUGUUAAUCUUCUUGACAAUGCUGAAGACUGUUCCUAAGUGUUCCAAUUUAAACUAAUUCCUUCAUAGCCCAGAUCUUUCUCCAGUGUAAUUCUGCAAUGAAGCCUGAGGCCAAUGCUUGUAACAUUAGCACGUUACAAUUCAUUUUAAGAAAAUGUGGUCUUCUAGAAAGUAAGUGAUUUCUGGCUCAAGCUACUUAUGAAGGAAUAUGAAGUCCUUUGAAAUUUAAAGGUACUUACGCUGUUUCUAAUUCACUUUUGUUAUUGAUGGUGAUGCUAUUACAAUAUAUCAUCUUUUUUUGUUUGUUUGUUUGGAAGAAUAUCCUUUUCACUCCCGAAUCUUAGUGAAGGACAUGAACAGGACAGCUAGAUAAAGCUAAAUGAAAGUGGCUUUUGCUAAAGCAAAAACCUCACUUUAACACCAUACAAUUUCACAGAGAAGCCAUUAAUAUGUAAGCUGAAAAGCUGCAUUUGAAAGUUAUGCUCUCAGUCUGGCUGGAGACCUGAUCUGGUAUUCACAAAACAAUGGUAUGGCGUAUUCUGUAUACUCACAUAUUAGCAAAAGUAACACAAUGGAGCACUAGAUGUUCCCGUUCCAGGGAUGUUCCUAACAGAGGAAACCCACACGUUACUUUGUGCAGCUACAGGAAAGCCAAUUUUUCUCAUGUGCUACAGGGGGACUCCAGGAUGCAUACGCCAAAAUGGGUUUCCACAUGGGAAUUCAGGGGGGAAAAAAGACUGCACACUUCUCAAUCCCCAAGUGCUUGCAUUCUUUUGCCAGUUAUUUUAUUGCCCUAUUAAAAGAAAGAAGAAAAGAGCAGAAUUUUACAGUAUCCUGAAUUUGAAGUAUCUGUUAAUGAAUCUACCAGUUACUAAAAACACCGGUCAGAUGAGAAGUUGAUACAGGCAUAGAAAGAUGUUACCAACUGUUGCAUCUAUUUUCAUGACUGAACCAUCUGGUUUAUAGAAUCCUCAGUUUUUUCUCUUUCUUUAUAGUUUUCUGUGACAUUUUUGUGUAGUUUGUGUUUAGUUUGGCAUAUAGCAGAACUUGGCAAGAUCAGAGCUGUGUAAUUUAGGUUGGUUGGUUUGCUUUUCUUUUCUGAUGCCAAAAUGUAGACCUCUUGCUUCUUGCUUGUCUUUAAAGCAAAAUGACAUUUUACAGUCCUUUUUCAGAUAGUAAAUCUGAAAGGUGGGCUGUGUUUCAGUGCUAUAAAAUAUCACCCACCAGGCUGUAACACACAUGGUCCUGUCAAUGGCUGUGUGCAUGUGACUGAAGAAAGAGAACUGUGUUGUGAUGUUGUAUGAGAGAAUUGCAUACAUGCUGGACUCAUAAAGCAAGAAGUGGAAUUUCAUGGUGCCUUUGCAAUUGGAAUAUGCUUGGAAUGGUUUGGAUUCAGAUAAAGUUGUUGGAUGGUAGCAAUGUCAUACAUAGCAAAAUAUGGCAACUAGGUCUCCAGGAUGACAGUACUAAAAAGAUUUGUAUUACAAGCUGGAAUAUGGCCCCCUGCUCCCACUUGAGUUGAUUCUGUAAUGUAAACCAUAAUCUGUGCAGUCCUUCACCACUGACAGUGCUGGUCUGUACAAGUGGGGAACAUCUUUCAUCAGUGAGAUUACUGAAAAGCAGGUCACCAAGACCAGAGAUUUCUCUAGGACAGUUUAGAUGUGCCUAUGGAAAAGUAGCUUCAAGCUGCUUAAAUGCAGAAAUUAAAAAUUGGUUUAUUUCUACAGUGGGCAUCUUUUUCCUCUUGUGUUUUUGUUUGUUUAUUUUUGAUGGAAAUGGGGUGGGGAAGCUCUCAGUGUGCCACCAGUAUGUUCUUAUUCAUGCAUUGUGGUAUUUAUAGACUCUAAAUAUUGAUGAGGGGGAAAGUGGGAAAGAAAUUUUAUAGCCAUACUGAUGAAGAUUUGCUUGGUGUGCCGUGUUUUCCUCCAAGCAUACCUGGCUACUCUGAUUUCUUUGUUGUCAUGAGCACCCUUUGAAAAGCAGAUGUCGAAAGAAUGACUGUAAAAGUUCAUUUUUCUGUAUUUGACACGAGUUCAAAUGAGUGCAGACCAAGCUCUGCUUACUGCAGCUCAUACCACUAGGAUUACUGACUAAGAUCCAAAUGCUGGUCAAGAUGAUGUCCCUGCUCAUGACUUCCACUGAAAACCACUGAGUCACAUGAAUAUUGGAUGAAAAUUCAUCCUGCAAAAUCUGCAGUACAGGUUGGGAUGUAAGAUGUAUUCUUGGUAAGAUGUAUCUAGCUUGAUUUACAGAUCCCAGGGAGUCUGCUCUCACAGACAGUAAGCAACUGAGAGGCAAAAAUCAGAGUUGCCCUUCCUUUGUGAAAAGAUUUGUCCAGAGCAGAGCUGCAGUCCUGUGAAUCCCAUUAGAUUAGUGCUAGAAUACAUUUUUAUUGGCCCUUCAUAGUUUGCGGAGUCAGAAUGUUUUGUCUUGAUUCUGUAUUCAACUAUGAUACUCCUUGCAUUUAAAGUACUUUCUCUUUCAUAAUGGCCAUUUCGGCUUAGUUUUCAGUAAUUCUUAUUCCAUAGCUAGAAGUUUAUGUUUAGGUUGUUACAUCUUGCCUUAAUCAGAAUAAAACAUUGGCACAUUUCGAA